AUGACCGUCGAGGCGAGCGCUGCCAAAACGGCCCUCCACGAGAUCCAAGUCGCCAUGGGAGCAAACGCUUCAAUUCUCCAGCACCUUCCAGUCGAGAAAGUCCGUCUCUUGGCUUUCACGAUCAAGCCACACGAACGCCGCAACUCGAUGCCAGUCCGCAUGUUCUAUGGACAUAUCAAGGAAGGCAAGAACAAGGAUCUUGAAGUGUGGAUCCUCCUACAGAAAGACCACGCUGCUGGCCGCUCGCCUGCACAUUAUUUCACUAUUUUCGACCGUCUAGGUAAUGUGCAAGGAAAUAUUAGUGCAGAUGAUGCGGUGCGCCAAACGAAUGCAGAGAUUGCGUUCAAGUGUCUCAAGACAUCGGGCGUUAUCGAUAUGGAUCAGCUACGUUCGACUAUCAAGUACUACUUCAUCGCCAAAAUGGUCAGUACGCCAUUGCCAUGGAUAGUCGGUGCACACUUCGUAAGUGCGUUGUCUGCAGCAUGCAGAGUGGCUGGAGACUAUAACGCAAAGGCGAUUGCGAGUAAAAAGAAGGAGAAGAGUCGCGACUCAGCUGCCCAGAACGUAAAUGGCAUCAGGUCUUCCGUCUCCCUGCAUGACACCGAAGAACCGGUGAAGGUGGUGAGAGAACAGGCUGUAGCCCCGACUUCCACCAUCGCCAAAGUUGGCAGGACUCUGCAACCCCCAAACCCGCAACGCGCUCCUAUGGCUCCUAUGAUCCUUUCAAAUCAGGUAGCAUCAGAUCUGUUUAUUUCGGAAGGCCCAAGUGUCAAGGCUGCGUCUGAAGUCUCCAGCAACAAAGUUCGAAACAAAACUUCGGAGAUCCCCACGCUAGGUUCCUCUCAGCCCGUUACCCUCAAGAGACGAGGCGGCCAAUUGCAAGACCUCCUCGCGCAGUUUAGAUCUCAAGGUUCAACGCAGUCAGCGGCCAAGAGAAGGUGUAUCUCUCCACAGCAAGAGGUUAAGCAAGAGCCGACAAGCGACAACAAACGCAGCCUGCUAGCGCAGUCACCGCCAACGAUGCCGGAAGCCAUGAGAAUUCCACCAUCCCAUCCGCAUCCAUUUACUGCUACCACCAAACGCCCCCACUCUACAACCGUCAACGAUGUAUGUAAUUUCCUCAUGCACUCGGACUCAGAAGAAGCAGAAGACAGCACGCCUAUGGAUAUCUCGGGUUCAGCUUCAGCACGUGCGAAAUCUGCUGAAGUACUCGGUGAGAAGAGCCCCAAUUCUCGAUCACCCGACAACUUCGUGCCCGCCUACCGCAAGACCAUCAACGAUAGAGACGCCAUCAAAGACGAGAUCAGGGAAAACAAAGAAAAGCAGAAGGGUGUGCGCAGAGAUAUAAAGGUUCUUGAGACAGAGCUGGCCGAUCUCGAGGAAGAGGCGCGGAAGCUGAAGGAACAGGAUCUGUUAGCCGGGAUCACAAAGAAGCGCCUCCGUGAGUCGCUUUCUGAAAAGGAGCGCGCACUGCUUAUCCUCGGAGGUGAUAUCGCGGAGAGAAGAUUGAAGCGGGUAAAGUCAGGUACAAAAUCGGAGGAUGGCAUUGGCGAGGACGAUGACUAG